AUCCAAAAUGCACACAACAUGCAGCAGGACUGACUAAAAUCAUUCAAAAAACAGCACACAUAUUCAUGGGACAUCCAUUGCACAUACUAACAUCACAUAAUGUUGUAGCAUAUGUAAACUCACAAACCUUCACUAUGACAUCACUCAGACAACGGAGGAUGAGUAAAGUCUUAGAAGCUCCUAACUUGUUUUUCACACAUGAGGGAAUCAACAUGGCAGAUAACAUGGGCACAGGAGAGCCACACUUUUGUGAGCAGGAAGUGCUGAAAGAGGAGAAAGUCAGAAUAGACUUAAAAGCUGAACAGAUUCCAGGCUCAGAAAAACUUUUUACAGAUGGUUGUUGUUUCAGGAAGACAGAUGGGGAUCUAAGUGCAGGAUAUGCAGUGGUGAGACAGACAGAAACAGGGUUUGAGACAGUCAAGGCAGAACAACUGCAGGGACAGCAAUCGGCACAAAGGGCAGAAGUCAGGGCAGUAAUAGCUGCUUUAGAGUGGGGCAAAGGAAAGAAAGUUACUAUCUACACAGAUUCAGCUUAUGCAUUUGGAGCAGCUCAUGUUGAGUUAGGACAAUGGCAGAGAGCAGGUUUUUUACCUGCAGGGAACAAGCCUAUUAAACAUGAGAAAGAGAUGAGAGAGCUGGCU